CCAACUUUAGUCUUUCGCUAACUAUGUAUACUCGUGCCUUUUUAUCUCUGGCCGUCGGUCUCAUUGGCGUGGCUGCCAGUCCUUGCAAGCCGUUGACAUCAGCCUCGAUCGUUACUUCGGCAACUUUGACGUCAAGCGUGGCUGAACCCACUGUAUCUACCUCUGUUGAAUCCGCUGUCACUGAGACGUCAACUUCGGCCGAGUCUUUGGUAACUGAUACUCUGACUUCAACCACUGCUUUGACCACCACAUCCACCGACUCAACAACGCUCUUUACAACAGAAACUUCAGCUGCUACAACUGAUUUCUCCUCCACCGAGACCUCAGCCGAUACCACCACCGCCGACGCGACAACCACAACAUCCGACGCCCCAGCCGAAAUCACCACAUUCUCCAUCAUCGCCGGCUCCGGCCCCGCAGCCGACAACCAGCUCAGAUCAGACAACAACUUCGGCACCCCCCUAUACUUUGGCUCAAGAGUAACCCUCCCCGCGCAGCACUACAACAUCGACGCCGCCACCGGACAGAUCAAAGCCGGCACCAAGUCCAUCUGCGCAUGGUUCACACACAGCGACAUGACCAAAGCCUACAUCACCGCAUGUACCAGCGACAAUGAGAAUCUCAACAGCGGCGUAGUUUAUCUGACCUGCCAGGUUCCUUCUGAGGGUUCUGCUCUCCAGUGUAGCGUUCCGGUGCUGAGCUGCGUGCAGCAAGGUGGUGGUGUUCAGACUUGCGCUGCAACGACGGAUACUUUGAGUCACUUUAGUAUGGAGGGUGAUGAUGGAUUGGUUUAUAUUGUUGGUGAUGGCUUUACGGGUAUUAAUCAGACACCCGUUGAUCUGGUCGUUGACCAGGCUGCGGUUGCUGCUCCGACAGCUUGAGCUGCAAAUAGAACACGAAGAAAGUGCAUAGAGCCAUUGUUUCUUCUGUCCUGGUGUGCUUCAAAUUCCUUGUACAUACUUUUCAAUCAUUAGCAGAUGGUGACAUAUUGAUCGAACAAACCUGGGGAGUGUUGCUGAGGCUGAAGCGACCCAUCCCCAAGCAAUUAUAAUUCUUCUUUCGAGCUUCCUGGCUAUAUUACCUGAUUAUAACGAUGAUUGGCUACGGAUCUAUUCUCUCUUCCUCCUCAUAAACUUUGG